UAUCAUAUAUUUCAAUACGGGCUCGUUCAGUCGGUAGAAAGAAAUUAUAAUAUUAACAAGCAUUUGUUUUUGUACUUUUAGUGAGAUGAGAAGAAGGAUGUCUUCUAAUGCUGAGGCUUGCUUAGCUAGCUCCGCCACAAAAGAUGCAGUCCAUGAAAAGGAUUGCUUGGAGUGCAAGUCUUUGGUGGUUUGGCGGCGACCAUUGAAAACUCUGCAGUACAGCAUCCAAGAGCUGUUCGGAAUGUUGAUUGACCUUGGAUCGCGCCUCUUGAACCGCCGUUUCUUGGGAAGCCUGCUGGCCCUGAUGAUUAUCUACGAAUUGCCAGGACCGCAUGCAUCCUAUAUGGAGAUGGGACGUCAAAAUCUCGGCUUUAUCGUUUACUGGAUGGGCCUGGGCCUGUUGUCCUCGGUGGGCUUUGGCACUGGGCUGCACACAUUUCUGUUGUAUCUGGGACCGCAUCUGGCUGCCGUUACUCUGGCCGCCUACGAAUGCCACUCACUGGACUUUCCGGUGCCGCCGUAUCCGGAUCAGAAGAUAUGUCCAAAGGAGCCAUACAUACGCGAAAUGCCGAACAUCUGGCAGAUCUUGUCAAAGGUGCGCACCGAGACAAUGUUCUGGGGCGUGGGCACAGCCCUGGGUGAGCUGCCGCCUUACUUCAUGGCCAGGGCGGCGCGUCUCUCCGGCAAGUCUCUGCUGCAGGAGGAGAGUCAGCCGGAGCAGUCGAAGCGUCUGACUUUAUUUGGCAAGAGCAAGCUCCUGGUGGAGCGCGUGGUGCUGCGCAUCGGGUUCUUUGGCAUUCUGCUGUGUGCCAGCGUGCCGAAUCCGCUCUUUGAUCUAGCUGGAGUGGCCUGCGGCCAUUUCCUCGUGCCCUUCUGGAAGUUCUUUGUGGCCACGCUGAUCGGGAAGGCGGUGUUCAAGUCCAACAUACAGCAGCUGAUAGUGAUUGUGGCAUUCAGCGACGAUCUGAUUGGGGUUCUGGUCAAGGCCCUCGGCCAGGUGCCCUUCAUUGGCUCCAAAAUCCAGGCACCCCUCCACAACCUGUUGACCUCCACCAAGCAGCGCAUGCACCUCAAGAUGAGCGAUGAUAAGCAAGAGAGCGACGCCGCGUACACUGGGUUAGGUAUAGUGGCGCAUGUCUUCCAGCUGGUGGCCCUCUUCAUUGUGGUCUACUUUGCGGUCUCGGUGCUGAACGCCCUGGCCCAGAAGCGUUGCAAGCGACUGCAGCUGGAGAAGAUAGAGAAGGACGAGCUUGCCCAGAAAGCUGAGAGAGACGAGAAAGAUGAUCCCCCAGAGACGACAUACAGAGGUUUGCCUAAAAUUGUGGAGGAGACUAUUGAGGAAAUCAAUGCCUAACACAAUCACAAAUAUACACAUCUGGAGAGCCUUUCACAUAUCCUGAAUAUACAUAUGUUAUAUAUCAUGAAGAUCAAAUUGGCAUUUAUUGUAUGGACGGACGCUGGAACUGGAAUCGGAUUCAAAUAAAACAUGCAAUUGAAAUUUGUUGUAUUGUUUAUUUCAUUAUCAUUCGUUCUGUUUUGAAUUUGGAUUUCUAUUGUUCUUGAAAUGUAAUUCAAUGCCAUCA